GGAUUAGUCUAGCGGGAGGGGUCUGCGCGGCCAUUUCGCUAACAAACACACCGCGGAGGAUCAUCAAAGGAUUAUGAAUGAAACCGAAUCUGUAUUGAGAAAGCUAAAUAACGCGUACGCUUACAAAGACGGAAAGCGAGCAGAGAAACUGGCGUUAUUGGAAUGAAAAUAGAUGACGUUAUUUGUCAGUUUGCGGGGGCGGGAUAAAGUGCUACAGAUAGAUAUCGGUUGGCCAAUCAUCGCUCGCCCUGCGCUUGAUUGAUGACCUCUUGUCCAAUCGGCUUCGGACUCGGUUAGCGCGUCAUAAGCGUAACCGCCAACAGGCAGCGCGUGGAGGCGGGUCUCACUGAAGCAGGAGUUCCCUCUAGCUGUGGAUAGAGGAUUAAUGGAGGGGGUCUGACUGUCGAAUUAUGCGAACUACAUAGUGCACAAGAGCGAAUUGCUUUAUUAACAUAAACAAGCAAACGCUCACGCUACCGAAAAGGCACGGAGAAGUCGGCGUGCUGCGACAGGAAUCGCGCACGGACGGUUGAAAACAAGGGCUUGUGUCGCUCAAGUCGAGGGCCUCGCUGAGGGUUAGCAGAGCGAGGAAGAGGAGCGAUAGAAGGAGAAGAAGACAGGCUCUUAGUGCUAUUUCUACGGACUGGACCCGACCCAGGAGAACUGAGAGACGUUACCGAACCCGAAGCACAGCAAUCGGACAGCUACUGUUAGCUAGCUAGCGCGCGCUCGCUAGCUAGCUAACCAACUAACCAACCAACCAGCCACUAUCAACCUCCAGACUUUAUGUGAUCUGACAGCAUACUGUGAUCCAGUGAGUUAUGACCAGACAUAGCUAGUGCAACGGCCGCAGAAAUCGUAUGAUCAUUAAGGGGACGGAGUCUGAAGACAGUUGGCGUAAAGAAAAGUCGAUUUAGAUCUGUUAUACCUGGCCUGCAAUCAUGGGCAACGCGCCCACCGCCAAGAACAAGGGCAAUGAGAUGGAGAGCGUUAAGGAGUUUCUCGCUAAAGCCAAAGAAGAUUUCCUAAAGAAAUGGGAGAACCCAGCACAGAACACCGCAUCUCUGGACCAUUUUGAGAGGUUGAAGACUCUGGGCACUGGCUCGUUUGGGCGAGUCAUGCUAGUCAAGCACAAAGAAUCAGGCCAGCAUUUUGCCAUGAAGAUCCUUGACAAACAGAAGGUGGUGAAACUGAAACAGAUAGAACACACACUGAAUGAGAAACGCAUCCUGCAGGCUGUCAGCUUCCCGUUCCUGGUGCGAUUGGAGCACUCGUUCAAGGAUAAUACUAACCUGUAUAUGGUAAUGGAGUAUGUUCCUGGAGGAGAGAUGUUCUCUCACUUACGUAGAAUCGGCCGGUUCAGUGAGCCUCAUGCCCGAUUCUACGCCGCCCAGAUAGUUCUGACCUUUGAAUACCUUCACUCGCUUGAUCUUAUCUACCGAGAUCUGAAGCCUGAAAACCUGCUCAUAGACCAGCAGGGAUACAUACAGGUAACAGAUUUUGGUUUUGCUAAACGUGUAAAGGGCAGGACCUGGACACUGUGCGGCACGCCUGAGUACCUGGCGCCAGAAAUCAUCCUCAGUAAAGGUUAUAAUAAAGCAGUGGACUGGUGGGCUCUGGGAGUGCUGAUUUACGAGAUGGCUGCUGGGUACCCUCCGUUCUUUGCCGACCAGCCUAUUCAGAUCUAUGAGAAGAUUGUCUCUGGGAAGGUCCGCUUCCCCUCGCAUUUUAGCUCUGACCUGAAGGACCUGCUGAGGAACCUGCUGCAGGUAGAUCUGACGAAGCGCUUCGGUAACCUCAAGAAUGGCGUCAAUGACAUCAAGGGCCACAAAUGGUUUGCAACCACUGACUGGAUCGCAAUCUACCAGAAGAAGGUGGAGGCCCCCUUCAUCCCUAAGUGCAAAGGCCCUGGGGACACCAGCAACUUUGACGACUACGAGGAAGAAGAAAUCCGGGUCUCUUUCACAGAGAAAUGUGGAAAGGAGUUUGCUGAAUUCUAGAAGCAGCAGCAGUGGAGGAGAGGGAUGGAGAGAAAUUAGAAGCGGGGCAACGGUGAGAAGAAAACGUUUUCCAGGGUGAGAUGAUGGACUGAACUGAGCCUGUAUCCGGUAACAACAACAACAACAACAACAACAACAACUACAACGUAGAGCCCUCACACACAGAUGGAGGGAGAAGAAGAUCAGAAAGUCCUGAGAGAGACGCCAGCAGUGUUGCCUUUUCAGAUCCUUCGUCACUUGUUACUUGUCCAUUUUCAUGUUUUCCCUCUUGUUUGGUAGCCAGGGUCCAUUGGGCAGAGAUUCAGUCACUUCUCUGUGACUGGCUGGCAUGGGGAUAUUUGUGACUUCUUCUUUUUUUUUUUUUUUUUUUUUUUUUUUUUUUUUUUUUUUUUUCCAGAGAUAUAGAGCUUACUUUCUGGUACUGAAUUUUGGCUUCUCCAGAGAAAAUUACCCCCCUUUUUUAUCAGCAGAGGUGUCCUUGCUCUGUAGUUCUCCACGCUGUCACAUCUUGUUUACUUCCUGUGCACCUAUUGGCACCCAGUACCAAAUCAGUCCAUCUUACACUGUUCCAGAAUUCUGGCUUUUUGUUUGCGAUAUCACCCAUUUCCCAUUCGAAUUUCAAGCAUCCUUCAAAUUUAUCAUCACAUAUUGAUUGGCUCUAAGAUCAGGCAGAAUCAGCCGCUUAGUUUGAAGAUUGUUGAUUUGGAUCAUCGCUCUAUUUCAAGCCAAUAUGUGUCCUAAAAACCCUACUUUUCAUACGAAUAGAACUUGCUUUGCCUUGCAAAUGGCCGCCGAUAAGACCGUAACAGUACUUUGUUUCAGAUCUGUAGCAUGAACAAGCAUACUUGAAGCUCCAAAUCCAUGAUUUUACACUUUUUCGCAGAUGGCUUUGAUUCAAAGAUGAAUUUUCCAGGAGUAAAUCAACACAAAGCCGAGUGAUGGCCAAGCACAAAGACUUGUCUGGUUUUUAGAAUGAUGCUUUUAAAGGAAAACGUUAAAGGAGGGCACUGUUUCUGUGGUAACACUGGGUUUCCUGGUGGAUGAUGAGGAUGAUGUUGUUGUUUAUUAUUAUUCGUUUCUGCCAUGUCACCUGCCAGUGGUAUUUCUUUUUUAUCCUUACAGAAAACAUUGUUCGAAAAUUAGGCGGAUAUUCAAUAUGUUUUAACUCUAGGGCUUCACUAAUCAAUCUCAAUUUCUGCUUCAAAUAAGCUUGUUGUUCAUGUAGACUUUAUUGUGCGUUAUUAAGAGCAGUUAGUGAAGCUCCAUUCAGCCUGUUGGAAUAUCAUCCAAGUAUGAAUUGCUCAAAAUUGAACUGUCUCUCUUGCUCUCUAACUCAGUAGGAUGCAAGACAAUCUAAACGCAAAUGUCCCCAUGAUUGUUUUGUUUUAGUUUGCAGAAGUGUGCAAUAAUGCGUAGUGUGUUGCAAAUUUUAUUUUGUUAUGCUUUGAAAGCUUCUCGUCGAUUAAUAUUUAAUUAGAUGUUAAAGGUGAAGUGCGCCACUAGUGGCACCAAACUGAACUGCAGUCUGUUUGAUUGAGUAACCAAAUGAAAAGGACUGUAUAUAUAUAUUAGCUCAAAUGGAUUGAUAAGUCAUUAUUUUUAUGUUUUUGUUUGCUGCCUCUAGUGGCACAAAAUGGACACGCUUCACAUUUAAAUGUGAGACACCAAUUGUCACUUAUAGCUCAGUUCUUCAGAAGUCAGCUGCUCAUUAGGUGGCGCACUAGAUGCUUCUCUUUCUAAAUUGUGCGAUUUUUGGGUUUGUUUGUUUUUGUUUGUUUUUUAUUACGAUGAGUAGUGUAACUUGAGUGUUUGCAAACUACAGAUUGGUGCCAGGUUAAAAUGGUAUUUCAAGCAACUCUUUGUAUGUCUUUUAAUCAUUGUAGCAUCUAUUGGACACUAGAUGGCUGUUCAUUGACGAUGAUGCCAUUCAAAUUGCAGUAUAAGAUCAAAUUAAUGUUCAUUUCCAUUUCCUGCUCAGGAAAUGACCUGUAACCUGCCAGGUGCACAGCCAAAAUGGAGCAGAUUGGGUCAGUUUUUGAUCGUUCGGGUACCUUUUUAGAAACAGACAAGCAAAGGCAGAUGUUUGUUUUUCACCAAACUUUGGGAUAGGUUUAGAUUUUCUCUUCCUCACACUUUUCCCUGCAUGCCUAGCUAUCGCUGGGACAUUUACUCGCCCGCCCCAUUUCUGGAGACUUCAUAAAAUGGGUGUACAAACAGGAGGGCUUCAAUAGCUGGAAAACAAAACAAUCAGUGUUCAAAGGAUGCUUCUGUACAUUUUGAUUACCCAGCAGGCUCUUCGGCACUGGUUUUGUGAUGUUAGAAGCAACGUAAGACUAUCUUCAACUGGUGCACUGAGUUAUAAUGUACAGGCUGGCUUUCUUAUGAGUGUUUCCCCCUCAUCUUUGAGCUUGAUCGUGAUACGGAAGGCUUGUGUUUUAAGCAACAGCGGUUUAAAUCGUUGACUGGAGAUUAUGGGAAAUUAAGGCUCAAAUGCACCUUUCAUUACACACCUUUUUUUUUGUCAGAGCAUGACAUUCUUGGUGGUAUUCAUAUGUCAUCCUUCUAUGUCUGCCUGAUUCUCGAGGCCCCGUCCCUCCCUUUCAGAUACAUGGGUGUCACACAUCUUCCAGUCUCUCACUCAUCUGUUCAUUUACAUUGUCGUCAAUCAUCUUUUUGUGUGUGUAUGUGUGCGUGUGUGUGUGUGUGUGUGUGUGUGUGCGCGCAUCAGUCCAUGAUACAGUUUGCCUUUCUACACAUCCAGUUUCCUACACUCUUCUAUUUGCUUUUUAAAAGAAAAAAAUCAUGAAGAAAACAUUUGAUUUACUUUUGCAUAUUUUCUAAGUGUAUUUUCAAUAACAGGAGUCUCUUUCCUCCCGACAUGGGUAUGGUGAUGGUGUAGUCUAUUGUACCUUUUCGGGAAACAAUACUGUAUAUUCUCUGCCUUUAACAGUCUUAAUUAUUUUACCUUCUGGAGAAGUUGACGGAUACCCGUAGGACACAUCGAGUAUGUUUAAAAAUAAAAAAAAUACACAGAAUAAUAUUUUGCAACAUGUAUCAUUCCAAUAAAGUUUUAAUUGUUAAAAUUACAA